UGAGGGAGCUGGCUGGAUUUUAUCUCAGUACAUUCUGAUUAUAGUGUUCAGUCUGCUGGUCGGGGGACAUCUGAACUUUGUGUGAGCGAUCACAGAUCGAGAGGAAAUAUCAUGGGCUAUGAUUACUCACAAGAGGAAUAUGACAGCGCUGCUGUUUGGGUUUAUGAACACAUUUUACAGAACCCAUGCCUCAUACCAGAUAUAGGCAUAGAUGAGUCUCUGCUGAAAUAUUCUGGUACCGACUCUAACUAUGUGCUGCAGGCUUACUCUAAUGAGAUGCUGUCAGAGACACUGGUGCCAGAAUACAUGGAGAAGUUGGGAUCUGCUGUUGGUUCACUGACUUCAGUCUCGAAUGCUGUUGGACUUGGAGCUUUGGUGAUUUCUAUGAUCAUAGAUAUCAUCAUUAAGAGCAGCACUCAGCCAAGUGAUAACACCUACAGCAUGUUACGACGUGUGUUUGGUGAAGAGAAAGCUGUGAGUGUCCGAGACACAAUGUCAGAGUAUCUGAGACGUCAUCGCAUGUACAUGAACGAUGACCAACAAUUACAGGAGGAAAUAAGGAGACUGGAACAGCAGCUGAGCAACCAUCUCACCAUCCUCAGAAACUCCCUGCUGCUUGACGGACAGAUGAGCAGCCGGGGGUUCAAAAUCUGGGUCAAUGGAGCCGCCUUCCACGUCCAGAUGUUGAUCCAUGAGGCCCGACUGAAUAUUCAGACUGGUACACCUGCAUCAAUCAAUGUUAAUGCUAUCAAAGCUGCCAUCGAUUUAUAUUUACAGGACCUGGAUAACUUGCUGGAGAAACACAAGACUUACAAGAUCAAUUCAUAUGCGUUUAUAAGAAUCUACAGCAUACCAGGAUGUUUUAUGGAAAAUAAUGAAAUUAAAUACUGUAAAUGGUAGCCCGUGUGAUCACCCAGAAGUUCUGACGACUUUUAUGAAUCUUCUUUACUCAAAUUAUGAACCGAUCAUAGGUUUAAAGAGUUAUUUUUUAAAUAUCAAGAACAACCUCAACUCUCUAAUCCGUCAACGUGGUUCAUUCACUCUGCCGUCAGCAGCAGGUUAGUUUAGAUAUUUGGGUUUAAAGAUUGACUUAAAGUGUGUUAUUAAUAUUACAAUAGAAGUUUUAUCAACAACGUAUUUACUCUCAUCUUGUGAUCUACAUGUAUAUUUGAUCUGUGUUCUAUGUUUUGCUGCAAGUGAGGCAGACACAUGGCUCUCUUUUCCACCUGCAUGUUACAUGUUUAAGACUGUUAAAGCUACUCUGUUGUUUUGAAUGAUAUUUAGCAUCUGAAAUAUUUUAUUUUUCAAAAACAAAGGGCGCCUGGAUAGCUCAGUUGGUAGAGUGCGCGCCCAUUUAUAGAGGUUUACUCCUCGACGCAGCA